CUCCUGGCCACCACCAUUUGCCUUCUGGCUGCUGAACUGCCUGUGUGUGCCAGGCCCAACCCAGCGACCACCAUGGUGAGGCUUGUACUGCCCAACCCUGGCCUAGAGGACCGGAUUCCAUCUCUGGAUGAACUGGAGGUCAUUGAGAAGGAAGAGGCUAGCUCCCGGCCCAAAUGGGACAACAAGGCCCAGUACAUGCUCACCUGUGUGGGCUUCUGUGUGGGGCUGGGCAAUGUGUGGCGGUUUCCCUACCUGUGCCAGAGCCAUGGAGGAGGAGCCUUCAUGAUCCCAUUCCUCAUUCUUCUGGUACUGGAGGGCAUUCCCUUGCUGCACCUGGAGUUUGCCAUUGGCCAGAGAUUACGCAAAGGCAGUGUGGGUGUGUGGAGCUCCAUCAACCCGGCUCUGAAGGGUGUAGGCAUUGCCUCCAUGUUUGUGUCCUUCAUGGUGGGCCUGUACUACAACACCAUCAUCGCCUGGGUCAUGUGGUAUUUCUUCAACUCCUUUCAAGAGCCUCUGCCGUGGAGUGAGUGUCCACUCAACGAGAACCGGACAGGCUACGUGGAGGAGUGUGCCAAGAGCUCUUCUGUGGACUACUUCUGGUACCGAGAGACUCUCAACAUCUCCACUUCCAUCAGCGAUUCGGGCUCCAUUCAGUGGUGGAUCCUGCUCUGCCUGACUUGUGCCUGGAGUGUGCUGUACGUGUGUGUUAUUCGUGGCAUCGAGACCACUGGGAAGGCUGUGUACAUCACCUCCACACUGCCCUAUGUCGUGCUGACCAUCUUUCUCAUCCGUGGCUUGACUCUGAAGGGUGCCACCAACGGCAUAGUCUUCCUCUUCACACCCAAUAUCACGGAGCUGAGCAACCCGAACACGUGGCUGGAUGCAGGCGCUCAGGUCUUCUACUCCUUCUCACUGGCCUUUGGGGGCCUCAUCUCCUUCUCCAGCUACAACUCUGUGCACAAUAACUGUGAGAUGGACUCUGUGAUCGUGUCCGUCAUCAAUGGCUUCACCUCUGUGUAUGCAGCCACCGUGGUCUACUCCAUCAUUGGCUUCCGGGCCACUGAGCGCUUUGACGACUGUGUGAGCACAAACAUCCUGACUCUCAUCAACGGCUUCGACCUGCCUGAGGGCAAUGUGACUUCAGAGAACUUUGAGGCUGUCCAGCAGUGGUGCAAUGCUACCAAUCCAGAGGCCUAUGCACAGCUCAAGUUCCAGACCUGUGAUAUAAACUCCUUCCUUUCUGAGGGUGUGGAGGGCACAGGCCUGGCCUUCAUUGUCUUCACUGAAGCCAUCACGAAGAUGCCGGUGUCCCCGCUGUGGUCGGUACUCUUCUUCAUCAUGCUCUUCUGCCUCGGCCUCUCGUCCAUGUUUGGGAACAUGGAGGGGGUGGUUGUACCCCUUCAGGACCUCAACCUCGUCCCCAAGAAGUGGCCCAAAGAACUGAUGACAGGCCUCAUCUGCUUGGGGACAUAUCUCAUCGCCUUCAUUUUCACGCUGAAUUCGGGCCAGUACUGGCUCUCCCUCCUGGACAGCUAUGCUGGCUCCAUCCCUCUGCUAAUCAUCGCCUUUUGUGAGAUGUUUGCUGUCGUCUACGUGUAUGGAGUGGACAGGUUCAACAAAGACAUCGAGUUCAUGGUUGGCCACAAGCCCAACAUUUUCUGGCAAGUUACAUGGAGAGUGGUCAGCCCAUUGAUCAUGCUGGUCAUCUUCCUCUUCUUUUUUGUUAUUGAGGUCAACAAAAAUCUCAUGUAUAGCGUCUGGGACCCUGAUUAUGAGGAGUUUCCCAAAUCACAUAGGAUCCCAUAUCCCGACUGGGUGUAUGCAGUGGUGGUCAUCGUGGUUGGGGUGCCCUGCCUCACCAUCCCCUGCUUUGCCAUCUACAAGCUCAUCAGAAACCGUUGCCAGAAGUCUGAGAACCACCACGGUUUGGUCAAUGCACUGUCCACAGCCUCUGUGAAUGGAGACCUGAAGUACUGAAUAGGCCUAGCCUACAGAAGGCAGAAGAUGGUGUGUGGAGGAGGGCAAGAGGCAGGACCCUUGGGGGAAGUGGGCUGUAAUGUGUGUGAGGGUGCGUGUGUGUGUGUGUGCGUGUGUGUGUGUGUGUGUGUGUGUGUGUGUGUGAGAGAGAGAGAGUAUACAUACAUGCAUCCAUGCAUCACAUAGGUGUAUACACAAAUGUUACACAAACAUGUGGAGCACAUAGGCGUGUUUAUGUGUAUAUUGCAGUUGCACUCAUAUAUACAUAUGUGUGUGUAUGUAUGUAUGUACAUAUGUGGUACAUGUGUACACAAGUGAGUAUAUGUGUCAGUGUGUGUUUGUAUAUGCAUGCUGUGCAUAUGUUUGUGCAUAUACACUGGGAUGUGCCUAUAUAUUUGUAUAUGAACAUGAGUGCUAUCUGUAUGAAUAUAAAUGCUCUGUGUUAACACAUAUGUGUGCACACAUGUGUGUAUAAACAUAUUCACACAUAUAUCUCUAUAGAUAUGUGUAUAUAAAUGUAUGGAUAUGCACUUAUAAACCUAUGUAUAUAUAUGUAUGUCUGUGUCUUCACAUGUGAAUUUUUGUGUUGUAUGUGUACAUACACGCACAUGUACACUUACGUUUGUACAUUGCACACAGGUACGUGCACAUGCAUAUGCUAUCUUGUACACAUGGUACACGUGAAAAUGUUUUCUGUAUGCUCAAGAUAGAUGUGCCUACCGUUCUGGCCUGGCUGUCCUCCACCUGCCCUCACUGUAGUACUUGGACUACAGACAUGGCUCAGCACCCACCUUGUACUGCAAAUUCCCAGGGGAGCCAAAAGGGAAGAUGUGGCGGCUCCAGGUGGUCUCCUUCCCUCAGAGUGGAAGGCAGUAGGUGAGGCUAUGCUGCCUGCCUGACUCCCGGGCAUGUUGUCCCUGCCCGCUCCCAGCUGAUCUCCCGACCUUUGCUAUGAGUGUUGGACCAAGGUCCCUGAAUUAGAAAUCGGGGCCCUUCUGCUCCUUAAGGAGAAGCACAGAAGCUGGUGGGUUGGCAGGGCUGAGAAGAUUUGUCUCAGUCAGGCCCAGCACACCCAUGCUUCCUGAACGCCUGCUUAAUCAUUGGUUUCUGAACAGGCUGCUGGAUAGCCAAGCUGACUUUCCCUUCUCUGUUGAAGUGGGAGCCACCCUGUGCACUUCUGAAGAGAGCAGGAGCCCGUAAAUCUUUAGCCAGAUGUUGCAGAAGGAGGGUUACAGGGUAACUCAGCUGUGGCCACUGUGUUGAGGACUCCAAGAGUCCUGGGCACCCCAGUGACUGAAGCCUAGAAGUCUUCAAUCUUGUGGCAGUCAGUGAAGCCACAGAGGUCAUGCUUGCCCCUUCCCGUCAACAGGCUGGUUGUUUCUGGGUUCACAUCCAUUCUCAGUCAUAGGUACUUGAGACUUGGAGUAUUUAUUGCAACAAGUUACAGCCCUCCUGUUUCAAUGGAAAAGUCCACAUUUAAAUAGAACUGGACUUUCUGAGAAUUCUCACAGACAAGGGAGAGAAACUGUGGUGGGCCCUGACAUGUUCUUCCUACUUGGUGUCACCAGCCACACUUCACCCACAAGAAGCAGCUCCUGCUGUUGAAACACAGAGUCCUCUUACAAAGUCCUCUUCUAUACGCACUGAUCGCUUGGGUGCCAUGACCUGAAGAACCAUACAGAGGCAGAGGAAGGUGCUUGGCCCUGGGGGAAAUAUGAAGGGUCUCACACUAGUAGUUUCAGUGGGUCCUGCCUGUGGGCCUCUGAAGCCUCAUCUGGAAAAAUACUGAUUGUUGCCCAUUGAUUGUGCAUACCAGAGAUCCCUGUGUGGCCUGGCCAGAGACCAACCAAAUUCUCUGCUAGCUCUGGUCCAUGCCUUGUGCUUAGGCCUCAUAUCUCCAAGUGUGACAGAAAUCCAGGUUAGGUUAAUGAACCUAAAACACACCUUUCUCAAUAAAGCACUCUUAUUUUA